ACGCCAUGGACAUGCUGCUCUGCUUUGCCCUCUCAUGAACCUAUUGGUGGGGUUCUUCACUGCACAAACAAGAUUCAAAAAUAUAAAUUUUCUCAAGAAACCAAUAACAAAGUCUCAGAUUCCUGAACAACUCCACCUUGCUAGGAGUUAGUUUAUUUUUUGUUGGCCUAUCCGUUCCUUUAAACUCUCCAACCAACCCUCAAAAAUCAAGAGCAAAAUCAAAAGAAAAAACUUUGAAGAAAAGAAACAAACAUCACCUAUUGAGAAUUGAGAAGCCACUCAAAUCUUCACCUUCUCUCUCUUUCUCUCCUAGGAGCAAGGAAAAGAUCAAUUCCAAUGGAGGUUUCAUGCAGAAUUCUGAGAAGAUCAAUUCACAGUUUUCUUCAAAACUAUCAUUUUUUCUCAUCAACUGUGGCUUUUCUGGCCCUUCCUUUCUCAGCAUCAAUACUCCUAUCACAGGCUUUAGUUCCAGCCUCUUCAUCCCUCUUGCCUCAAAUACACAGUCACCUGAAGUCUCUCUUUGAUGCUGCUGGCUUUCCUUCCUCAUCAAAGUUGUUUGCCAUUCUCAACCUUAAGGUUUCUCAAACAAUCACUUCUUCAAUCUUCACCCUUCCUUUCACUCUCACAUUUCUCCUCAUUGCAAAAGCAUCCGUAAUUCAAUCUCUAAAUCAACACAAACCGAGUUUUCCUCCUUCCUUCACUUCCACCCUAUACCAUUACAAGCCUCUCCUCCUGACCUAUAUCUACAAUUCUUUCUUUAUUCUCUCUGCAAAUGCAUCUUGCUUUUGCCUCCUGUUUUUGGCCUUCACCUUUGCUGAAGGAUUUGGUUACUCUUCACCAAGUAGCACACGUUUGAUGUCAGCUGCAGCUGCAGUUCUCUUCUCUGUGAUCCUUGCCAAUGCAUUAGUGAUCUGCAACAUGGCACUCACUGUAUCUGGCAUGGAGAAACAUAAGGGGUUCAUGGCAAUUCUGAAGGCCUGUGUUAUGCUAAGGGGAAAGACAUCAAUGGCUUUGUUCCUGGCACUGCCUGCCAAUGUUGGCCUUGCAGCCAUUGAGGCCUUGUUCCAGUUCAGGGUUGUAAGAGCCUAUCACAGUUAUGGAAUGUCAUCAUGGCCUUUUACGGUUUUAGAAGGCAUUUUGAUUGCUUACUUGUACUCACUUUUCAUCAUAAUUGACACAAUUGUCAGCUGCAUGUUUUACAAAUUCUGCAAGAUGGGGUUGAGGGGUGAUCAUGAAGACAAGAUGUUUUCGAUGAUUGAUUUCCCGACAGAGGAGGACAGUUGUGGUUACAUGGUAUUCAAGAAUUUUGAAGAACUACCUUAAGUAACAUAAGGUAGCAUAUCUUUGUAAUAAAUUUGGCCUAAGGUUUUUCUUAUGCUUCACAAAAGGGAAGGAACUCAAGUUAUUUAAACAGUCUUGCAUGCUUUUGAAAAAUUCAUUCAUGUUACUCGAACCAAGUCGAGCAACUUCUGAAGGCACAAAGGUUUUCAUCAGAGGAACCUCAGCUCAGCUAUGUGAAAAAGCUAGAAGCUGAAGAUUGAUUCACCAUUUUAUUUUUAUGUCUUUCUUUUAUGCUCUUAAAAUCUGUCUUCCUUUUAUUCCAACUCUCUACCUUGUAUAUUUAUUGGCAAUAUUUUACUUGUGAAUAAUACGAAAGCUGCUGUUUGUUUC